CAUCCAUACAACUCAAAUGCUUGCAUUAGAACAUAUGCAUCUUCCUUACUACCUGCUUCUACGUUUGUAAAACAAUCCACAAGCCUUGGGAGCAAAAUGGUCUGAGCGCUCAUCAAGAAGGAAGGGCGCGCGUCUCCUCACUUCAGAACGCUGGACAGCUCCUCAAGAACUUGGAGACCGGCUGAAAGACUUGUAGGAGUUAAUUUCUCCAACCUGGAAUGAGGAGCUAUUGGAAAUGAACGAAGACUAACCAUGGUGGAUUUUAUUUGUAUCUUAUCAUCACGUAUAGGUCCACAUCCGGACAUAUUGAAGUGAGAAAUGGACUUUGCUGAAAUUAUUUUCGCGUUGUUCAUUGUCGUAGUCGCAAUUGUGUCUUUGUUAUCGAACUUGUUGGUGCUGCUAUGUUUCGUUCACAGCACCGAGAUACGGCGACAGGUUCCAGGUAUAUUCACCAUGAACCUGUCUUUUUGCAACAUUCUCAUCACUAUUUUAAACAUGCCAACGACAUUGGUGGGGAUUAUCAGAAAUCAGCAACCCUUUGGUAAUUGCCUUUGCCAUACUGUAAGCUUUCUGGAGACUUUUUUGACUGCGAACACUAUGUUGAGCAUGGCAGCUCUUAGCAUUGACCGGUGGAUAGCGGUGGUCUUUCCCUUGAGUUACUCCAGCAAGAUGAGAUACAAGGAUGCAGUGAUCAUGGUUUGCUACUCGUGGCUAUAUUCACUCACGUUUUCCCUCAUUGCGCUCCUCUUCUCCUGGGUUGACUACAGCCACAUUUACGCGUCCUGUACCUUACACCUAACUGAGGAGAGCGACCGCAUUAAGUUUACAGUUUUCACCGUUGUUUUCCAUGCCACUAGCUUCGUGCUAUCCCUUCUAAUCCUGUGCUUCACGUACUUGAAGGUUUUAAAAGUUGCACGGUUUCAUUGCAAGAGGAUUGAUAUAAUAACCAUGCAGACCCUUUUUUUGCUGGUAGAUAUCCACCCAAGUGUGAAACAAAGAUGUCUGGUAGAGCAAAAAAGGAGGAAACAGAGAGCCACCAAGAAAAUCAGCAUCUUUAUUGGCUCGUUUAUCGUCUGUUUUGCUCCAUAUGUAAUUACAAGAUUAACUGAACUACUUCCCUUCGUGGGCAUCAACCGCCACUGGGGGAUCGUCAGUAAGUGCUUGACAUACAGCAAGGCCGCCUCCGACCCCUUCGCCUACUCCCUCCUGCGUCAACAGUACAAGAAGGUCCUGGUUACCGUCGUCAACAGGCUACUGCGCCGUGACCUGUACCCCUCGUCUGGGCACAACAGCUCUUUAGACACUGAGAACGACUACUGUCUCCAGAGGAUCAGUUAAUGACAUCCGCUCGGACAUGGAAAAUGAUGCCGGUGCCCGAAAAUAAUGUUUGCCUCAUAGGUAAAGAGAGGGGCGAGAAGAGAUGGGAAUCAAUGAAGGUGAUACAUGGAACGAAAACAGGAUAGAGAGAAUUGAAGGGGGAGGGCAAUUGUGGGUGGAGGGACUGAGAGACAGUAGGAUGGGUAAGCAACAUGGGGGAGGUUGGUACAAUAGAGGGAGACACAAGAAGAUGAUAGAGCAGAAACACACUGUAAGAGAGAUGAAAAUCAAUAUUGUUUGAUUAGCCAUAGGCUUAGUUGACAAACAGGGAAUGACAGAUACUGUUCACAGUACUCGAGACCCCAUGCGUAUCAUAGCUUAGCACUAUUAUCAGCGCUAAGAGAAAGGCAUUUGCUUACUAUCACAACCUCUGGCAUAGUCACUUUUAACCAUGCUUUGUGACCCACAGAAAACAGAGACUUGAAGUAAAAGUCAGUAAUGUUCUGUGAAUUGAUUGUAAUGAAUCAUGGAUAUCAAAGCUAGUAUCUGUCUAGCUCACACUAAGCACUGGCGCUGCCAGGGGCAUCAGGCUAUUUCUUUAAAUUACAUUAAAUCAUAUAGCCUCCUCACAAUGGCAAGUGCCACAAAGUGGUGGCUGUAUUCUGUAUGGACUGUGUUUGACUUCUCUGCAGUUCUUCACAAAUGUCAUGUCAAUCACUGGAUAAUGAUGCACUUUGUAUAAUUCUCUCAAACUACUAGUUUCAAGAGCCAAAGGUAAAUCUAAUUUUUACUAUGAUGUUAAAGUGUAUAUUGUAACUGAAUGUACGACAGGUACUUUGGAAUGAAAUGCAUUUGUAUUUCUGUACUAUUUUGCCAGGUGGUUGCAGAAAAUAUUUGUACAAAUACAUAGUGUAAUGCACUGUACAAGAAAUUAUUAUAUCUAUUUGUAGAAAUGAUUGGCUAUCUACAGUUGUGCUACUUAAUGUAGCAGAAGAAUGUCAUUAUGUUCAAGUGCUUUAAAGACACUUGUCUUUGUGCCAGAUUUCAACAUGUGACGUUUUGAUACACUUAAAAUGAAGAUAGUUGUUUCAUGAAAACGUGUUCUUUGGGUGUAGACACAGGUGUUUUUAAUUAUGUGAGCCAGUCGCAGUUGUU